UCUCUGAUAGUGAAGCAAUAAGAGCUGAGUGCUGGGCCGCACCAAUUUAUUGUGGAGUGUUGUUUCUUUGCGAAUUGGACGGCGAAUUGUGACGGCUAAAAAUAAAUCAAUAUGUCCGGAAAGUUACCGAGUACCUUUGUCAAGGGUUUUCACGAUGAGGAGCAAGUGAGGCGAAUGGAAUACAGCACGCUCGGCAAAACGGGUCUGGAAAUCUCUAAAGUUGCUUUCGGUGGCGGAGCUCUUUGCUCUAACUAUGGCUUCGAUCUGGAUGAGGGCAUAAAAACAGUUCACGAGGCGCUGAGAGCUGGCAUCAACUACAUCGACACGGCGCCCUGGUAUGGCCAGGGCCGCUCAGAGGAGGUCCUCGGCAAGGCAUUGAAGGAUGUGCCAAGGGAAGCCUACUACAUAGCAACCAAGGUGGCACGCUAUGAGCUGGACUACGAAAACAUGUUCGACUUCAGCGCACGGAAAACUCGUGAGAGCGUGGAGAAGAGCCUGCAGCUGUUGGGCCUGGAGUACGUGGAUGUCAUACAAAUACACGAUGUCGAGUUUGCCGAAAACUUGGACAUAGUUCUCAACGAGACUUUGCCCGCGCUGGAACAGUUGGUUAAGGAAGGCAAGGCCAAGUUUAUUGGUCUAUCCGCAUAUCCUCUGUCGGUGCUAAAGGAGUGCAUAUCCCGUGCCGAGGGCAGAUUCGAUACUGUGCUCACAUAUGCACGCUAUACGCUUCUGGACAACUCCUUGGUCGACUACUUGGACUUCUUCAAGUCCCAGAAUCUGGGCAUCAUUUGUGCAGCUGCCCAUGCAUUGGGUCUGCUUACCAAUGCCGGACCCCAGCCCUGGCAUCCGGCUCCCGAUGACCAGAAGGCGAUAGCACGUCAAGCUGCCGAGGUGUGCAUUAAGCGGGGUGUGCAACUGGGCAAGCUGGCCAUGUACUAUACGAGUCAAUUGCGUGACGUAUCCACCUUUCUGGUUGGCAAUCAGACGCGGCAAUUGCUCCACACGAAUCUGGCUGCCGUUUACCACGGUCUCAGCCAGCAGGAGCAGGAAGUGCUGCAGCAUCUCAGAGAAAACAUCCUGGUUAAAUCCUCUCACUGGGAGGGCAUCGAACUGGAACGCUAUUGGGCUGCACUGAAAAAGAAAUAGAUUACAUUUUCAUAUAUAUAUUCAAAAAAUGAAUAAAUACAGAGAUUUUUGCUAAAUAUUCUA